GAAAUCGUGCGUGCCUGUGCAUAUCCAUAUGUCGCUUAAAACAACGGUUCGGCCGUCGGCCAAGGCGGCAGGGCAUCACUAUGCAGGACACCACCAGGUGUGGUGUUUGUCGGCGCCGCCGGCGAAACAGGAUGCAGCGAAACCACGUCGCCGGUCGGCGAACUACCGGCCCACGUCCUGGGACUACGACGCCCUUCUGUCACUCGCUUCUGGCAGACCUAAUCUGCAGGAUUGUCCUUCUAGUUAUUAUAAGCUGAAGACCAACAUAAGAGAUAUGUUGAUCAAGAAAGCAGAACCAUUUUCUAAACUUUGGACCAUUGAUGCAAUGCAACGACUUGGUAUCUCUUACCAUUUUCAGGAUGAGAUUAGUAACAUCCUGUACUCCAUCUCCAAUGAGAGUGCAAAAGAUCACACAUAUGACAACAUUGCUUUCACAGCCUUAAAAUUCAGGUUACUCAGGGAAAAUGGUUUCCCAGAAACCCUAGGGCAAUUGGGCUACCAUAAUUAUGGGAACUGCACCACCAAGACACCAAGACAGGAGGAUGUAAACACACUUCUUUUGCUACAUGAGGCCUCAUAUCUAGCAUUUGGAGAUGAAGAAAUAUUGGAUGUAGCAAGGACAUAUUCAGCUAAAGCACUUAAAGAACUUAUGCCGUCAAUGCUGCCACACUUAAGGGAGGCUGUGGCGCAUGCUUUAGAAAUUCCACUGCAUUGGAGAGCUCCAAGACUAGAAACAAGGUGGUUCAUUGAUUACUAUGCUAGAGACAUUAACAUGUGCCCGUUGCUCCUCCAAUUCGCUAAACUAGACUUCAACCAGGUUCAAGAUGAGCAUCAGAAAGAUCUUGCUGCGGUAACAUGGUGGUGGAGGAACAUUGGGCUUGGUGAAAAGCUGCCAUUUGCAAGGGAUCGUCUGAUGGAGUGCUUCCAUUAUGCAAAUGGAAUUGUUUGGGAUCCGAAGCUUGGACCAUGUCGUCAAAUGCUUGCUAAAGUUUCCAAUCUAAUUGUUCACUUGGAUGAUGUUUAUGAUGUGUAUGGAACCAUGGAUGAACUUGUACUCUUCACAAAUGCGAUUGCAAGGUGGGAUGCAAUACCAAAUGAGAGACUCCCAGAGUACAUGAAAGCACUUUAUUCAGUUAUAUAUCACACCUCAAAUGAAGUUGCUGAACAUGCUUUGAAGGAACAUGGUUGUAGUAUGCAUUAUCAUCUACAAAAAUUGUGGCAUGACAUAUGCAUGGCAUUUUUGCUGGAGGCAAAAUGGCACCAUGGUAACUGUAGACCAAGCAUUCAAAAGUAUCUGGAGAAUGGAUGGGUGUCAUCCUCUGCACCAUUGUUGCUGUCACAUGCCUUCUCAAUGCUCCAUUCAGUUAUCAACAUGAACACAAUAUCCAAAAUGCAAACGACACACAGAUUAGUUCAACAGGUUUCUUUAAUUUUUCGUCUCUGCAAUGACUCUGCAACACACAUGGAUGAGUUGCAGAGAGGAGAUGCUCCAUCUUUCAUAGCUAUAAACAUGGCCGAGAAUGGUGGCAAUGAGGAUGAUUCUCGUAAGGUCAUGCAAGAUCUUAUCUUGAAGUCAUGGAAAGUGAUCAAUGAGGAGGCAUUUGAUAGUCGUCAAUAUUCUACACCCUUUAACAAAGCUUGUGUUAACUUGGCUCGCAUCUCACAUUGUGUUUAUCAAGGUGGAGAUGGUAUUGGUAGACCAAAUGAUCUAAAGAAGAGGCAAAUUAGAGAUUUGUUCUUGGAUCCCGUCCAUAUAUGAAAGAACCAUUAAAAUACAUAUAUUUCUUGAGAAUAUGAGGGGAAUAUUCCAUUGGUUGUAUAUUUCCAUGUUCAUAAAAAUAUUUUGAAGAAAUAUGUUGUAGCCUCGUUACCACGAUGAUAAAUUAGAAUGUCAAUAUAUUGGUUUC